AUGGUGUCUGAGUGUCUCGACGAAGUGGGCACUUUUAAGCAGCAGACCGUAUCCAAGAAAAAAACUGUGUUAGUGUAGGUCUUUUGGGAAAACAGCAUCACAAUUUCGUCUGCCGUGACAGGAAAAUCUUGUCAUGCGCAGAUAGGACGGGAAAACACGUAGGAAACGAGCCUAUCAUGCAUGUGGAGCAUGACAAGCGUAACUGUCUUGCAUUUUCUGCAUCACAGACUUACACUUACACAGUUUUUUUCUUGCAUAGACCGUGGCCGCGAUUCAAUCUAUCGAGCAGGGCAUCGAACAAAACGCCGCCGGGCAGCAGGUACUUCGCUCGUUUCUCUUGAGGAGGGUUUCUACCCUUUUCUGUUCAAGGUCCAGGUCCUCCUGGGCUUCAAGUCGCUGUCUGUUUUUCUAUCCACUUUAGUCUUGGAACUUGAGUUCCUAGUUGUGAAGUCCACGAACUCAAAACAGGAACGCCUUACGGAGGAACUAAACGCGGUCAAUGAAGCCACGGAGGUCCAGCUAGCUGACGUGGUUCGGCGUGUAGGAGGGCAGGAACUGAGGGUGAGCGGGCUAUUCAACGACAUCGUGGACGCAAAGAAGAACCUCACUGAAAAAGCAGCGGCGCUGGACAAAAGCAUUGAAAACCUAAAGACACAGGUAGGAAAAAUUCCACUUUUGGUUGCGAAUGUGCUGUGGAAAAUUGAACUGCGGAAUGAAUGGGCCUCGCUUGAGGUAUUUGCUGAGGUUUUGGCGGCUUAUUUCCAUCAUUCAACCGAAUUUUGGUACUCUCAUCCAAACUUCUGCAGGAUUUGCCGCAAUUGGUGCAACAAGUGCAGUCGGAAUUAGAGCGCAAGCAGGGGCACGCCAGCGCCA